AUGGCCACUAGUUUUGACUGGUCAAAUUUCACCAUCGACGGGAACAACACGCUUCCGACCAAUUCCACAAUAGCUUGGCCCCCUAUUCCAGAUGAUCAAAGGAGGUCCCUCCAGCCGGAUAUCUUUGUCUGCGCAAUUCUCACAUGGCUGAUCGCCUUGGCAUUCGUCGUGCUUCGCUUCUACACCCGAGGCUGGCUCAACCAUGUUCUCGGCCCAGCCGACUGGUUCUUGUUACCGGCUCUUCUUUUUGCCGCCGGUGUCACGGCCAGUUCACUUGAACAGGCGUGCCGGGGCGCAGGGAAACAUUAUUGGCAAGUGGACUUCUGGUCAGUGCCGGACCUCGAGAAAGCGGCCUGGUACGGCAUCCUCUUCUACACCCUGAGCCUUGUCUUCACUCGAAUCUCCAUUCUGCUGCUGUAUAGGCGGAUUUUCACCUACAGCUGGACCAAGAAAGCCAUCCAGGUUGUUCUAACCCUCGUAAUUGCCAUCGGCAUAUGGCUGGUGGCAUCUGUAUGCACCGCAUGCGUCCCGCUCGAGGCGUUUUGGAACUGGGGGCUCUUUUACACACAGCCUGUUUUUUGCCAACCUCCAAACUUGUGGUGGGGUAAUGCGGCCUUACACAUCGUAUGCGAUCUGGUCAUAAUGACGCUGCCGUUACCUGUUCUGUCGUCGCUCAAGCUCCCGAGGAGACAAAAGAUUGCCCUCAUUGGCGUCUUUGCUCUUGGAUUUAUCAUCUGCAUCAUCUCCAUUCUACGCCUCGUUACACUCAUCAACGUCCAGGCACAGGCACAGCAAUCACUAGAUUCGACAUACACGAGCGCCAAGCUCAUCUUCUGGACGUCGGUAGAGGUUAAUGCUUCGAUAUGCUGCGCGUGCAUGAUGACCUUGAAGCCCCUCAUCCAAAGAUGGUUUCCGAGUCUCCUAUCCUCACGCUACGCUCGCGACCGGAGCCUUCCAUGGAUCACGCCCCUUACCAACAGGAACUCGAGACAGUCCUUUUCGCGUCCAAUCACACGUCAUGUCAGCCACCCAAGCGGCACUUCGGGCUGCGGGAGCAAGGGAAGCGUGCUGCCGCAACUGGAGGAAUUCGAGGGAGGGCAUUGCUUGGGGGUGCUGAAGCCUGAGGAUCUCGAGGCGCAGCGCACGGGCAGCAUCUCGACUGUUGCAUGUGACGAGGAAGCAGCCGGCGCUCUCCGGGCUCCGCCCAAGGCUCAUUUGCGACUCUCUAUCCACGUGACGAGAUCCGUCGAGGUGACAAAGGUCCCAGAAAGCCCAGUUCCCGUCUCGGGAGACAAUAGAUAG